GCGGGAAAGUUGAGGCAGAAAGUGUUGAUACACCUCGGUAACAAAAAUAAUGAAAAAGUUAAAGGAUUUUAAUUUCUGAAACUGUUGGGGUUACUUUAGAGAAAUGCGAGUAAACCUUUAUUAACAUUCUUUUCUUUACUGAUUUAUUUCUGUCAGCGAACUGUUUACAUUUACUUAUAUUGCCAUUUUAUAGCGUGGUUUGAUACUUUAUUUGUAACAUGGUUCAAAUAGUCAUUUCAAGUAAAAGCGGGGAGACUCCUGCUGAAUGGCUGCUGGUGGAGUUACAGGGAGAAAUGAUAUCCCGACACAACACUGGACUGGCUGGUAAUCUUAUGGGGGAUUUGCACUACACGAAAGAGGGUGUACCAGUGCUGAUUGUGGGCCACCACAUCCUCUAUGGGAAACAGGUCAAACUGGAAAAACCAUUUGCUGUCCUGAUGAAACACUCUGGCCUUCCUCAAGAUGAUGAUGUAUCUAUGGAAACGAGCCAGGAGAAGCCAACAUCAUAUACUGUAUCUGCUCUUAUCAAAAAGAAGCUGAUCUUUAAAACCCGUCCUAAACCCAUCAUUACUAAUGUGCCCAAAAAAGUAUAAUAUUUAUUUAUUGAAAUGGGCUAUUAACUUACCAUCACACAAUUUGCAGUUCUUGAAAGGUAAGGUCCUAAAUGGUGGCAGAAGUACAGCCUCACAAGUACCCUCCUUUUUCAUGGACUUUUCUAUGUGUUUUACGUGGAUGUGAAAACGGACUGCAGACAUGUUCCUGAGGCAUGAAAUUUAUCUGCAUUUUGAGAGACUGGUUUACUGAAUACAUUAAAGUGAUAAGCAUACCAAGACAACAUAUGGUGUGAUUCAGAAAAAUUUAUUUCGGUAAAAACAUCUGAAAAAAAUAAACACAAUGUUUGAAGAGAUUUUAAAAAUGUAAAAUGUCACUUAUUUACUCUAAACAAUAAAUGCAAAUGAGGUCAAAGAGUAUUGGUUUCAGGUGUUCAUUAAAAAA